AUGCUGGCAGCCAAUGUGGCCCUGGCUGUGCUUCUCGCUCAAAGAAGCGUGGCAGCACAGAUUGCACCUUGGCAGGUGCAGAGAGCACAGCGAGAUCGUCCAUGGCUUUUGAUCAAGCAGAGGCAAUGCCGCUGGGGCCGCCCAGCACCUGAAGGGCUGAGCUCCGAAGAAGAUAGCGCCUGCAGUGCCAGCGGUGAAGCCUUUCCACCAGUGCCAGGUGCUACAUGGGCAAAGGUCCUGGAGCAAAUGACGAGGUGCAUCACAGGAUUCUAUGAGGGUCGCUACUUGGAGGUCCAGUGGGAUCCCAUAAAUUUCUGGCAACAUUGGCCGAUGGAUGGUGAUUUGGAUGUCCCAGAGAUCUUCCAACAUGCCAGCAACUUGAUGGAGUUGGGCUCCCAACCUCCGGGGCAUCCCAAGCUGCUGCAGGGAACCAAGCUCAAGGAGUCCAUCUACGACCGGGCUAUGCGCGAGUUAGAGCGUGAUGUUGAUGAAUCCCAGCAUUCCAGCGGCGUCGUGUGCAUCGUGGGGCACCUGCGCAGCUUCGGGGAAAGAGCUGUGUACGAAAGCUUACGACGCAACGUCAUUGAUGCACUUCGAUUCUCAGAUCUUCGCACGGUUCUUGUCACGGAGUUCGGGCCGCAAGCUCCAGCGGAGGAACGACACAACCCUUGGCGAAGUUGGGGAGAGAUGGCUGAUGCUUUGGAAACAGUCGCGCCCGACGUCGUUGUGAACAUUCCGGUGCACAUUGAAGGACAUCCGCCGGGGAGACGUUGCCAUGAGAAGUAUCCCAUGUCUUGCAAUGCGCAGUGGCGGCGUUUGGAGCUGUGCAUGGAGCAGGUGAAAAGCUUCGAGCAGCUUCGAGGUGCUCCAGUAGACUGGGUGGUACGAGUUCGCACAGACAUGUUCUUCAGUGUACCCAUCGGAGAUAUCCGCGUUUUUGAUGCAGGGAAAGUGCAUUUGCCCACAUCAAGCUGGACUGACGCACAUGAUACAUUUGCGAUGAUCCCACGUCAGCAUGCAGAUGUUUACUUCAGCACGCGGCACUAUGAUGGGGCCGAUUACUGUUGGAUCUCACCCAGGGAGAAUAUCAGGUCUGACGACUGCUGUCAUCGCUUGAAGCUCCAACUGCUGAAACAUGAAGUGCCUGUGAAGCGCUUUGCCCUACUGUGGCAACCUUGGGAGAUCAUCGACCGAUACAUCGUGCGGCCCACUACAUGGAAUGGCUCCAAGCUCUAUGGCCAGUCUGUUUGCACCGGCCUGGAAGUGGAGCCCGUGACGGUUUGCGGGCAGAGCUUCCGCAUCCUGCGGCGGCGCACGCACUUCUUUGCAGCAGUGGCAGGGGAUUUGCCUUUGAAUUCUGCCGGCCUGGUGUUGUGGGAGUGUGCUCUGCUAUUGGCGGAGUACUUGGGCUAUGCUGCCUUCACGGCCGACCAUCUCAAGCCCAGCUCAGGUUGGUGGCAACUGCAUCCGCCUGCAGCAGUGGUCCCGGCCAGGUUCUGGAAGUCCCAGCCAGCAGUCUUGGAGCUCGGUGGAGGAGCAGGUUUGGUGGCAGCAGCUCUGGCCUCCUUGGGCGCACGUAUCGUUUACACUGAUGGCGACGAGGCUGCCAUCCGCACUGCUGAGCUCAACUGCACCAAUCGUUGUGAGGAACAUUGGGGCUCCUGUACCUUCCGUCGCCUACUGUUUGGUGAUGUUGAUGGAGCUCGGAAGAUUGUUGAAGAUCUCGGGCCUUUUGGCCAUGUGGUGGGUAGCGACUUGCUCUAUGGUGACAAGGCUCCCCCAGGACCACUGCUUGACACACUGGGCGCAGUUGCCGAGGCACAGGAUGAACCAUUCCUGGUCACUUUGGCAAUCAAGAACCGCUGCUGCGAUGAGGUGGAGAUCUUCCUCAAUGAAGCCCGCAGACGAGGGGUUUGGACUGUGCAGUGCGCUGAUACGAGUGCCCUCCCCGAAAGUGGCCUGAAAGCAUCAGGACUGAUAGAAUCGUUCCGUGUUUGA